UGACACUGUCAUAAUUUUAAAGUAAUAAAUAUUUAUACACAUAAAAGUACCGUUACACAAUAAAAAAUGUACAGAAACGCAUAUCAACGAGGUAUGCUCACAGUAUUCUUCAGCGUCGGCUCCAAACCGUUGAACAUUUGGGAGACACAUACUCAGGAUGGGUAUAUAACGAGGUUUCUGGAUCAAGACAUUAAGUCUAUGGUGUUAGAAAUAGGAGGAACUAAUGUAAGCACAACGUACAUGACUUGCCCGAAAGGCAACAACGUUCUGGGUAUAACAAUGCCUUUCCUGGUCAUGAUAGUUAAGAAUCUAAAGAAGUAUUUUACGUUUGAAGUGACGAUUCUAGAUGAGACAGGAACGAGACGCAGGUUUCGAGUAUCAAAUUUCCAGAGCAGCACACAAAUAUUACCUCUGUGCACUGUAAUGCCAAUCGGUCUUUCCGAGGGUUGGAACCAGAUUCAGUUCAAUUUGGCAGAAUUCACGCGAAGGGCAUACAAAAAGCAGUUUGUCGAGGUACAGAAGUUAAAAAUAAACGCAAACAUACGACUUAGGAGGAUAUAUUUCACCGAAAGGCUGAUUCCAGAGGAUCAGCUACCGCCGGAGUAUAAACUAUACUUUCCUUUGGCUACCAAAGGUGCUAAAGGAAAGAAAGCGAUCGGACCUGACGUGAAAGACAAAGAAAACAUUCAAGCUGCUGGUCCACAAGCCGCAGUACCACCAGUAGAAGAGAAGAAAGAAGAGCCACCUAUAGAAGAAAUUAAGGGUAGUAGAACAGAAGUAGCUAAGGCAGGUUCGAAAGUGUCUGUGCAUUCGGUGAAGAAACUGCCAUCGAAGUCAAAGGCUAGACUUGAGGAGGUGCCAGAAGGUGAGGUGCCCCCUGGUAGUAAGAGGACGUCUGUGGCUAGUGUGCCAGCACCGGCUGGAGGGGAGGAAGUACCAGCUGAGGGUGAACAACCUGCUGAGGAACCUGCUGAGGCUCCGCCAGCAGAAGAAGGAGCACCUGCUGCGGAAGAAGCUCCUCCAACAGAAGCAACACCAGCAGAAUCUGCAACUCCAGCAGAAGGGGAACCUCCUGCUGCUGAGCCUGAACCAGCACCAGCUGAGUAGUAA